CGCGGAUUAUGCGCGUCUCUGGGUAAUGUGCCAUAAAAAAAUAGAGAAGGAAAACUUCAUAGAAAUGGCGGAGGGUGCAACGUCUCUGAAAGAGUUGCGAGCUCAAAUGGCUGCAUCUGCGCAGGCGCAGGCAGAGGAGCGGCGCAGCCUAGCAGGGAACAGCCCAGUACCUGCAUCCCCUGCAACAGCAAACACACCACCCAACACCACUGCAGCGAAGUCUCCCCGGCCAGUCAUUGAUGGUGCUGCACUAAGGAUAGACGACCGGCUUCGAGUGGCAAAAGAGAGACGAGAGGAGGCCGAUAGGCAGCAAGCUGCGAAGGACUCUCAGAUCCUGGAGAGAGAGCGUAAGGCCAAGCUGCAGGUGGAGCGUCAGAUGGAGGAGCGCCAGAAGAAGCUGGACGAGCAGCGCAGGAAGGAGGAGCAGAGACGCUCGGCUGUGGAGGAGAAAAGGAAGCAGAAACAGGAGGAAGAGAAGGAGCACUAUGAGGCGGUGAUGCGGCGGACCCUGGAGCGCAGCCAGAGAGUGGAGCAGAGGCAGAAGAGGUGGUCUUGGGGAGGACUCUCAGAAUCAGACAACCGAUCCGGAGACCCUGACGCAGGUGCCGCCUCUCCAGUAGCUAUAGUAAUCUCACCCGCGUCUCCAGAAAAGCCCCCCAGGACACAACAAAGUGCAGUUGACAAGCGCUCCACUUCCACCAUGAACCUGAAACAGCUGUCUGAGGCUGGCAUCAACAAGCGCCUGUCCUCCUCCUCCGCCACCCUCAUCAACUCUCCCGACAAAAGUGCUCGUGUGAGGAGUUCGUCAUUGAACCGGUUGCCUAGAAACGACAAAAUCGACCUAUACACUCAGCCCAAUAAGGAAGGCAGGAAAAAGCUUCAGGUGGAACAGACAGGACCCUCCCUGAAGAAGAGAAGCUCCUCCCUUACACGAGCGGGAGGGGGCAAAACGCAAACCCCCUCCAAGCUCGACAAGGGGACUACAGACGACCAAGCUCGCAAACCCCUGGCGAGCCCCGUGGACGGAGGGUUCCUCAGUCGCCUGCUCACCCCCACCCAGGCCUCACUAGCUAGGAGCAAGAGCGCCGCUGCCCUGUCGGCCGAAGGAGGCGACGCCCCAGAGUGUCACCUGUGUCCUCGCUCAGCCUCGGCCAGCCCCCUGCACCCGGUGCAGCGAGGACCCCUGCGCAGCCGCAGUAUCGACCGGCAGAAGAGCGCCACCCUGCCUACAUCCGCCUCGGCAGACCAAGUGGACCCCUCACUGAAGGAGAAAAGGUUCUCAUCGCCCGGAGGGAAACGUCCCGCCUCGCCCUCCAACAUCGCGGGACGCCACCGCUCGCCCUCCCCCGCCCCCCUCCCAGCGAGCAAGAGAACCCCCUCCCCCAGUGCAAAGCCAAGCCCACGUAACCGUCCCUCGUCACCUGGGGGUAUCAAACAUCGCCCCUCAUCCCCUCAGUUUAGCUCGGCCAAGCCCCCGUCCCCCCAGCCCACCUCGGCCAAACCUCCACCCAUCCAGAGACCGGCCCUCACCCCCACCGGCCCCCCAACCCUGCGGAAGCGGGAUUCCAAGCCAAAGGACCUGUGUCCCAUCCAGCCUGUGGUGCCCCAGUCCCCAGAGGCUCCCCAGACCAGCACAACACCCACCCCUACUCAUACCACCUCCAGUAAGACCAAAGACAAGGACGACAAGUCCAUGGCGGGCACCAACUCGGCUGCAGAGGCUGCCAUGAUCCUGGCCGAGAACCGUCGUUUGGCGAGGGAGAAGAAGGAGAGGGAGGAGGCACUCCGAGUUCUGAGAGAGGAGGAGGAGAAGCUGAGGAAGGAGGAGGACAAACGCUUGGCUGAGGAGGAUCGGUUGAAACGCCUGGAGGAGGAGAAGAGGCUGGCGGAGGAGAGGAAGAAGAAAGAGGAGGAGGACGCUCUUAUGGCGGAGGCAGACAGAGAAAGACUGGAGGUAGAGGAGGCCGUGAGACAGGCUGAGCUACAGAAAGAGCGUGAAGAGGCGGAGGCACAGGCUGCAAUUGAGGCGGAGAAGGUCCGCAUUGAGAGAGAGAGGGUCAUGGCCCAGAACCAACAGGAACGCAUGGAGAGGAAGAAGCGAAUUGAGGAGAUCAUGAAGAGAACCAGAAAAGGGGACCUAGAAAAAAGAGAUUAUGAUGAGGGAGACGAGGAGGGUGACGAAGAAGAAGCCAAGGACGACGAGUCAGCCCAGACCGGAGAUGUCGCCAUGGAGACUGACUGCAUGGACGAGGGGCGUGGCCUGACCCGCAGUGAGCCAAUGGGAGAGCGUAGGGAGCCGCUGGGCAGCGUGAACUGGAAGCCAGAGGCGGACGACAAGGAGAACAACAACGGAACCAGCGCUGAGGAUUCCCUGGCUGUUAAUCCAGUGCCUAAGGGUCGCCUGGUAGAAGGCUCAGAGUUCCUGAACGAGGACUCUAACAAGCUGGCCCCGGGGCUCAACGGUAAGCCUGGCCCCUGGAGCUUCGAGGAGCUCAUUGACCUGGGUGUCAACUCCAAGGGCCGGCCCCUCAUCGAUGCAGAGGGCCGCAACCAGGGCCUCAUCGACUGUGACGGGGGUCCCGAGGGGCCCAGGGUGGCCUUCGAGGACAAGGGGAUCCCCGUGGCCACCCUCCACCCCUCCAGCCAGCCUAUCGAAGCACUGUCAGACAUGUGAGGCUGCAGCUCUCCCUUCAGAGGCCUGUUAAUAUUGCACUCCUGGAGUUCCUGUCCAACUGACCCCCCUCCACACACACACUUACCCACAUACACACACCCCACCCAGCCUUCUUGUCUGGACCACCUCAGCCAGAGGAAGAGCAUGGGGGACACAUCCAGAACGCUAGCUUUGCACCCCCCAACACACACAAAAAAACAUUAAAAAUACAACACAGAAACGAUGCUUCAGGGAAAUUCUCAAUUUUCCUUCAAUGUGCUCGCUUUAAGGUCUCAUCUUUAUCCUCCCAUACUUACCAUUUCACUUGGUUCUUUUUUUUUUUUUUUUUCACACUUGAUGUUUUGUAGGUGGUGGGGCAGGGGGUGUGACGUAAUUUAUAAAUUUGGGCUUCUUUGUAAUAUGUAAUUACUUAUCUCAUGUCUAUUUUUGGGGGGGGGGUACUCUGGUUUGAGAAUAUUCCAGGAUGCACGUGCACUCGGCUAUAUGAUGGUUAAGACUUCACUACUUCUCAUGUCAGGAAACUUGAGUCCCCGCUGAGAUGAGAUCAAACCCAUUUUGAUUGGUGGGGAGUGGGCUGGGUACUGUAGUCUCAGGGUCUGCCUAAAGGGGCGUGUCCAGUGAAUAGACUGAGGGAGCACUUACACAAACCGGUUAGGACCUACUGUGUGCCCAAGCCGUGAGCAGCACUCUGUAACUGUAAUCCCAUCCUACCCAAAUUGUACUCUGACCUAGAAUUCUGGAUUUGUCUGGCAGGCUGCUUUUCCCAGCAUCCAUAGAUCCAACCUUAAAACUCUCUAGACCCUAUUCUUCUAUGGGUUACCCCUCUCCCUGUCUUCCGAAGGGCUGGUCAGAGCCCCUCCAUCUCCCUCGCCUUCUCCCACCUCCCUCACUUCUACUCUUCUUAGGGCCACUAGGGGGCACUUAUGUCUACAAAUCAAACUGAUUGUUUUAUGAAAUGACUCUUGACUAUUGCUUUGUCUUUACAAACUGAAGGCUGUAGGAAUUCCCAAAAAAGCUGGUGAUUUUGUGAAUAUUUGUUCAGUGAAGUUUAACUGUUGCUGUUAAUUUUCAGUUCCUGGUCUUUAGGUUUAUCCUAAAAAUAUUUUGACAUGUCGUUAUGGUUUUACAUGUAUGUGUAUAUAGAAUUAAUUGUUAGCUAACUCGUAUCAAAUUCUAAUUUAAUUGCACCCUGAGCGCUGAGGUAUAACUUGACCCCCAGCAAUGACUGCAUGAAUCUAUACUCUUACCAUAUGAAUGACUAUAGCCCAUAACGGAUUAACUUGUGUAUGUUGGUUAAUUGCAGUCAGACAAGGUCCAUCAGCUUCAUUUUAGAAUUGCUUCAGAGUUUUCUCUGAAGGGGGUGUGUGUGUACAGUACUAGUCCAGAAACUGAACUUGAAAGGUUUGAAGUUCUCACUUACAACGCCCAAAGUAUAGGGCUGAAACAACAGUUCUGUCAGGCAUCUGAGCAGUUUUGAACCGGCAGUAGAUGUACGCAGUCUGUGUAGCUAAUUCCAUUGUUUCUCUACUAAGGCCCUAUGAUCUCCAAAACACACUAGCUAAUGCUUUUAUACUUUCUCUCUCCUGGCAAAAAAAACAAACCAAUUAUUUUUAUAAUGUAUAAUUUGGCUGUCUGUUUAUAUGAAAAAUAUAUUUCCAUAUUUAAGUGUUAUUGUACCGUGUGUGUAUAUAAUCAGUGUUAGGCCGAUGUGGGUGGGGUGGUGUAGUGGGAAUGGAUGUUAAUUGUCUCAUCUGUUACUGUAUUUUAGUUUGGGUUCUGUUUGACUCGUGCUCUUUGGCAGGGUAGUCAGUGCUGUUGUCCUACGCACUGUUCCAAGUCAAGCCCUAGUCCCUAGCCUCUAGACACUAGAUUGGAUCGGUGUAAGCAAUCUGGAACCAAUUCUACAAGGUGACACUAUUAUAUUGCUUAUACCUAUCAAGUACUUGCAGAUCACCUCAAGUGCAAAGGGAUAGGGGCUAAGGGUUUGUGUGGAAUCGAGUUAGGUUUGUUUGGGGGUGGGAGUUACCCUGGGCGCUAAUAGGAAACCCUCUUCUCUAGUACUCUACAAGCCCUAGGGGACAACACAUGGGAUCCCCAUACUGUUGAGAGAACAUGGGUGUGUAUGUUGAUUGAGGGCAUUUUUGUGAUGCUCUGAAUGGUUCUGCUAUUCAUCCCCCAACCACCUCAGACAAUUGCAUUUGUUCCCAACUGAGGGGUGGACUGAGGAGUGGGAGAAUGUUUCAGGGCAUUUUAACAUGGUGUGAAAGGUUGCAGGGAUGGUGUUUUUGAAGGUUGCAAUAGAAAAGUUAACAUGGACUCUGACCACUGCGCCCCACACCUCUGUAACAGCAGUGUGACUGAGUCUACCACUGAAGGAUGGAGACGGGAACAGUGUGAUUUGGUCAGUCUUGUGCGUUUAUUUUUUUUUAAAGCUGUAUGGAGAAGCUUUAAUUCCCUAUGCUUGAAUUGUCCAAACAGAGGUUUGGGGACCUUAUUUUUUGCCUCAUAAUAAGCCUGUUGGCUGAUUGUUGUGCUAAUAAACCAGAAGGUUUCUCUGAAAUGGCUUUAUAUUAUAUACAUGUCUAGAGUUGGAGGGCAAUGAGCUUAGCUUUGACUUAUAGGCUUAAAGAAUGUAACUUUGACGAAACAAACAAGCAAGCAUCUCUGUCAGAGGGGAAACUGUUUUUAGUUUUCAUGUGCAAACCUUUUUAUUAUUCAUCACAAUAUGAUACGCUUUGCACUGUGGGAGGUUUUCCACUUUUUAAAAGGGUUGAAAAGCUUUCUGAAAUGAAUUACAUUUGUAGAUUGGGGUGACUUCACUGUAUAGUCCUGAGGGGGGGUUUGGUAUUCUUGAAGGAAAUACAUUUUCUCUCUCCUCCCCGGUGUCUUCCCGUCCAGGCUUUUUAUGAACUUCCCUCCUUGACUUGACAAACCUUCAUCUAUUCAAAGUGCAGGGUAUUGCCGUAGACAUGUUCAAUGUGAAACCCAUGGUUGUUCCGUGGUCAGCGCUACAUGUGCUUAGGUAAUGGCAGUGGCACAUCCAGUCAGACACCGCCAAUACACGGCAGUCCUGAUCUAUUAGUAAUAAACAGGCCUUGGACACUUAUUUUAAUCCCUUUCUGCAUCGGUGCGCUUGAAUAGCUAACUGUUCUUAAAGAUCUCAUGACGGUAGGCUAGAAUGGUGCCUUAGAUUGCUAUAAUAACUAAUAAAACGCAUCACAUGUCCUUACCUUGGCCAUGACAAUCAUUCUACCUGACCAGGGCUACAGUGAAUAUGAAUUGGUUUCUGGAGGCUUUUCAGACCCUAACCCAAGCCCUGUCCACAAAUUAUAUUUGUAAAUAUAUCUAAAAUGUACUGAGGAUAUGAACUGUUAAAUAAAGUUUUGCAAAAUAA